UUUUAGCUUAACCUCCAUGACAGGUUACUGAUUAACUAAGCAAGGGUGUCUCGUAGUAGUACUGUACUGUGUAGCUUAAUAUAGCACGUCAGCUUCUCAGCUCUAACCUCUCACCAUUUUCCCAAGAGAUAUCGCCAUCACGAUCUCCCGUAAUCACUUCUUAUAUAAAAAGCAAGCAAGAUGCUACGAGCUAAACAAUUUCUUUAGUUAGUCUUCACUAAUCACGGGCUUAAACGCAUCUUGUUACAUUCUCAUCGGCAAGCAAAGAGCAAGAGAGAAGAGAGAGGAGAUGGUGGAUGUGAAGCACACGGCCGGCCACGCCGGCGCGAGGAGAGUCAAGCUGUUCCGGGUGCCGCGGCGGCCGGCCAGGGCGGCGGAGGAGGCGGGGGCGCCGCUGGUACCGGCUGGCGAGAGGAGGAAGAGGAAGAUGGCGGUGGCGAGGCUCGGCGGCGGCGCCGGCGGGCGGAGGCGGCUGUUCGGUGCGUUCCGGCGGCUGCGGGUGCGGUGGCUGGCGGCGCUGUACCGCCGCUCGCUGCGGCGGCUGCGCGCGUACUACGCCAAGGCGGUCCAGGACCUCCUCGAGGGCGCGGCGGCCAUGAGCACGCUGCGCUCGCAGGCCGCCGCCGACUGCUCGUUCGGCACUGCGUUCGCGCCGGUGGUCGCCGUCGGCUACUGAUGAGCGCGUGCAUGUCUGCAGCACCGUUCUGGCCUGUGCAUGAAGAACAUGAAGCCAUGGAGCAGUAGCACCCCUGUGUAUAGACGUGGUUAACUGUCCAUGAUGAAUUCCAGUGCUGAUCUUUUUUCUCUCUUCAUUUUAUGGAUCUCGAGUUCUCGACAAUGAUCAGUGUUCAUCCUGUUCGUAAUUAGCUAGCAUGUAGUACAACUUUCCGGAUCUGAAAAAAAUAAUUAUAUUAUGUUAAAGAAGAGAGAAGAUAGUAAGAGAAAAAAAUAUAUUCGCUUGAUUGCUUCA